AUGCCUAGUCUCGUCGACUGGUAUGGUUCUAGAGGCUGCACACUUCUAAGGUCUCUUUUCCGCGCAUUCACUCACCCGAUAACCGAUGCGAGAAGAAACUCUCAUCGAUUCGAUGAACUACGAGUUACAAGCUUGACCAGUAGAGUACCAAAGGGUACCAAUGAGCGACAGAGAUCGAUGGUUCUCAAAGGUAUGUGUGCGAUCUCACUGUAUUAG